UCCCCCAGAAGCUCUACCAGUUUCCCAGCCAAACGCAGCAGUACUUCCUCAACGUCCGGAACCGCCUCAACAGCCUUAUGCCUCAAGAUGCCUAAGAAACAACAACAACAACAACAACAACAACAACAGCAACAACAGCAAAAACAAAAGCAAGACAAGAAUCAGCAAGAUGUUGAAUUGAACCGGCUCGUCCGACAUUCCCCUCUCCCUCCCCCUCACCACCCUCAGCUCCGGUCCCGCUCCCCGUCUCCAUCCUCCCCCAACGGUAGCACCCUCGAACUGCCCAACGUGCCAUCCUACCCACGCCUGCCGCCAAUUGUCAGCCCCCUAUCAAAACAGCUCAACUCACUGUCCCACAAGCUGUCAGGUCUCUCCAACCCGGCAUUUUUCAUUGAAGAUGACUCAGACAUUCACGCAAUAAGGCCCCCAGAGAGCUCUGGCCUCAGCCUUCAUCCAGCUGUCAAUGUAGAAGAUGUCGACUCAGAUCAUGAGAAGGGAGGGGCAGGAGGAGCAAGAGGAGGAGGAGGAGGAAGAGCGGAGGAACAGAGCAAUAUCCCCAAAAUUCUCACCACCCAGGACCCCAAACUUACCACUCUCACUGUCCCUGUGACCCCGUCCGUGGCUCGUCAAAGUAGUGGAAGGAAUCGGAGGACUAUCUGGACAAACAUUAGGACCUUUCGCUCUCAAAGUGAAGAAGAUGAUGACGAUGAAGGAAGCAUCCCUGUCCGAGCCUGGCCCAGCCAGUCCAGCCUGCAAAGCUCAGAUGACAAACUGAAAGAACGUCCAGCAUCUUCAGCCAGUCAGACCAGUACCGUGGUCAACGAGCGUCUCCAGGAGCUGGUCAGGAUGUUCAAAGAAAGAACGGAGAAGGCGAAGGAGAAACUCGUUGACCUUGACAGCUCAGAUGAAGACAGCAUCAUCCCCUCUCCUCCCCAGGGUUUAGCUGCUCAGCCUGCUCCUGGAGAUCAGCCGGUGGACGAAGGAGAGAAGGAGGCACGGGCAGGUCCAUCAGGAGGAGGCGGAGGGGGAGCAGAGAGUGGGGCAGAGGAGGAGCAGUCUAGCCGCCGCAGCAAGACUCCAGACAAUAUUUACUACUGGCUGCUCACUGACUACCUGUGUGACCUCAUUUACAUCCUGGACAUCACCAUCUUCCAGCCGCGUCUGCAGUUUAUUCGUGGAGGGGACGUAGUGUGUGACAAAAAAGACAUGAGAAAGAAUUACAUGAAAACCAAACGCUUCAAAUUUGAUGUAGCCAGCAUUGUUCCCCUGGAGCUCUUCUAUUUUAAAACUGGCAUCAACCCUCUGCUUCGCUUACCCAGGCUGCUGAAGAUCAACUCCUUCUUUGAGUUCAACGAGCGUCUAGAGGCCAUCUUGACCAAAGCCUACAUCUACAGGGUGAUCCGCACCACCACAUAUCUUCUUUACUGUCUCCACUGUAAUGCCUGUCUAUACUACUGGGGCUCUGACAUGAUAGGAAUAGCAUCCACCCAGUGGGUGUACAAUGGACAGGGCAACAGUUACAUUCGCUGUUUCUACUUUGCGGUGAAAACCCUGAUCACCAUUGGUGGUCUGCCAGAUCCCACCAGCCUGCCCGAAAUGAUCUUCCAACUCAUCAACUACUUUGUUGGAGUCUUUGCCUUCUCUAUCAUGAUUGGACAGAUGCGUGAUGUGGUUGGCGCAGCCACAGCAGGUCAGACCUACUACCGUACAUGUGUGGACAACACUAUCAAAUACAUGUCCUCCUAUCGCAUCCCUAAAGACGUGCAGAAUCGUGUCAAAACCUGGUACAACUACACCUGGCAAUCACAGGGCAUGCUGGAUGAGCAAGAGCUGCUGACUCAGUUGCCAGAUAAAAUGCGUCUGGACAUUGCUAUAGACGUCAACUACUCCAUUGUCAGCAAAGUCCCACUUUUUCAGGGUUGUGACAGACAGAUGAUCUUUGACAUGCUGAAAAGCCUACGCUCUGUAGUCUACCUGCCCGGUGAUUAUGUCUGCAAAAAGGGCGAGGUGGGUCGGGAGAUGUACAUCAUAAAGGCAGGGGAGGUGCGGGUGGUUGGAGGACCGGAUGGGAAGACAGUGUUCGUCACUCUCAGAGCAGGGUCAGUCUUCGGAGAGAUCAGUUUGCUUGCAGUAGGCGGGGGUAACAGGCGCACAGCAAAUGUAAUCGCCCAUGGAUUUGCCAAUCUCUUCAUCCUGGACAAGAAAGACCUGAAUGAGAUCCUGGUCCACUAUCCCGAGUCCAAGAAACUGCUCCGCAGAAAGGCCAGGAAGAUGCUUACGAAGGGAAAGAAACCUGAGCCCAAAGAAGAGGCCAAGGAUCCCCCUAAGGUCCCGGCAGCUCGCGUUAGGCCGGAAACCCCCAAACUGCUGAGAGCGGCCCUGGAGAUGACUGAGAGAGCCACUGGACUUAAAAGAGCUCUGGCUAAAGUCAAAGAGAAGACCAGCAAAUCCAGUGUCUCAUUACAGCCAUCCAUCUCCUCCUCCCUGCCUCCUCCAUCUCCCACCUCCAGCGGACCUGACAGAGACGUGGACACACCGUCGCCCACGUCUGGCAGCCCUGCGACGUUUCGCUCUGCUUCCCGUUGCCAUAACAACAACAACAACAACAAUAACAACUUUGUGAUGCCUCAGUCUGUAUCACAGGGCCACAGUGACGCAGGAGACAGUGACACAGGAGGAAUGCUCGCCACGGACCAAAGAGAGGAGGGUGUUAGUGAGGUUGAAGGGAACGAGGGUGGAAAGAGGGAGGAAAAGAAGUUGUGAUAAUUCUUUAAAGGACAAGGGAAGGACCAGAUCAUAAAAAAGUGAGAACUGGAACAGAAUGGUGGAAUUACAGAGAGAAGGGGUUUUAAAUGAACAUGUACAAAACUGUCAUGUCUUAAUGUCAGCCCAAUCUGCUAGUGGGAGUUGUGAUAGCUUCAUUGCAAAACUAUCAAGGUAGGACUGUAUUCCACUCUGACCUACUGUGCGACUCACCCAUUUUGCACGUUACAGCCUUGUAGCCCACUUUUGUGUCCAAUAUCAAUGACAUAACAUUAGCUGUUAGGAUGAGCUGUGUUUUACAUCAGAACUUGUGUCACUCCAACCUUCAGGGGUCGUAUUUCAGAAACUUCCUAUCGUAACUCUUGAGAUUAGAAGAGUCUAAUAUAGGAUUUUUCCCAAUUUGAUAGCAAUUUUUCCCAAUAGAAGCAUAUCCUAACUAACUUUAAGAGUCCUUUCUUAUCUUACUUCAUCCUAUCUAAUCUCAGGUUAGGAUAUCCUUAGUCUAUAUCCAAGAUUUUGAAUUUCCGGGAUUGUUCAGGUGCCGCCAGAAAUUCCACAGGAUGUCUUUAA